AUGGUCCCAACCAUGAUAUAUUCGGCCAUCCUGGCGCUGAGCGCCUUCACGCCCUCGGUCCUAGCCCAAACUCGAUCCUCUGGCUGCGGCAAACAGCCGAGUCUCACCAACGGCGUGCACAACAUCAAUGGCCGGGAGUAUAUACUCAAGGUUCCUGACAACUACGAUAAGAACAAAGCCCAUCACCUGGUCUUUGGCUUGCACUGGCGCGGCGGCAACAUGUGGAACAUUGUCGACGGCCAAAGUGUCCAGCCCUGGUACGGCCUCGAGACGCGCGCUCAGGGCAGCACCAUAUUCGUUGCCCCUAACGGCAAAAAUGCCGGCUGGGCCAACAACGGCGGCGAGGAUAUUGCCUUCAUCGAUGCGAUCAUCAAGCAGGUCGAGGGCGACCUCUGCGUUGAUCAAAGCUCUCGCUUUGCAACGGGAUUUAGCUGGGGCGGUGGUAUGUCGUAUUCGUUAGCCUGCUCGCGUGCGAAGCAGUUCAGGGCUGUCUCUGUCCUGAGUGGCGGUGUGAUCAGCGGUUGCGACGGUGGUAACGACCCAAUUGCUUAUCUCGGCAUCCACGGCAUCAACGAUGGCGUGCUGCCCUUCCAAGGGGGCGUCAACCUGGCCCAGAAGUUCGUCAAGAACAAUAGAUGCCAGCAAGCCAACGUUGGCACACCACAGCCUGGCAGCCAUGGCUCGGUUCGCACGGAUUUCAAGGGAUGCUCCAAACCGGUUUCAUUUAUCGCCUAUGAUGGUGGCCAUGACGCUGCUCCUCUUGGUGUGGGUAGUUCUCUGGCGCCCGAUGCGACUUGGAAAUUCUUCAUGGCCGCUUGA